GUUCCAUCCCUUGACGAGGCUAGUAGGGUGUUCAAACGGUCCGAUAAGCGCGCGUCAUGGCCAAAGCGGCCUCCCAGGGUGGUCACACUUACCCCCUACUGAGCAGCAGCAGCAGCAGCAGCAACACCAGCAGCAGCAGCAGCAGCAGCAACACCAGAACCAGUAGCAGCGUACUAUUAUUAGUUCACUAAGGUGCCCUCCAUCCCGCUGAAAGCAAAGCAAACGAAAUUCCCCGUGUGCCGAGAUUCCCGUGACGCGUCCGCUAGUGAUCGAUUCAAACUAUUUCCACUAUUUUCCCCCAAAAAAAAAACAAAGCUCCCACAAAACGGGGGACUGUGAAAACGUGUGAAGGAAAAAGGAAACGGGGAGACUAGAAAAAAAGAAAAUAGAAAAAACGGUGAAAAAUAAGUGUUGUUAUUGCUAAGUAAGCGUUGUUUGUUGUUGCAAAAGGAUAACUAGAUCGCAGCAGGCUGGUGAGAAGCGCUGACGGCAGUGUUGUACAGUCUGUGUGUGUGAGUGUGUUGUGCACGCAAACCUUGUGGAGCUGUGGUGAAAGUGUCUACCGCAAAAACUACAACUCACGCAACAACAAAAAAAAACUCUCGAAGUGACGAAAGCUAACCAAAGCAAAAGAAACAAGGCCAUUCCCGUUGUGACAAAGUGCAGCUCUCAGCGUUAGUGCUCACACACUGUCUGUCGUUGCGUGAUAUCGAUCCCGAAACGGCCAACAGUGCAGGAUACUAGAGGCUGGUCGUCACCGGCCUCCUGCCUUGCCGUAAGCUGUAAUUAUCUCGGCAAAGUGUGUUGAGUGCUGAACCGCGCGAUAUUUCACCUGUGACGUCCGCGGGUCCUUGUGUAUGAGUGUGUGUGUGUGUGUCGCCUGCUAAAGAGGGUGCAUGUGUGAGAGUGUGCGUGUGUGUGUGCAAGCAAGUUUCCUGUGCGUGCGUGUCCUUCAGGUGCAGUGAACGUGCAAUGAAUCGUGCCAACGGUUGGGAGCAACCGUUACGACCUCACACGACCCGAAGCACGCCCGUGUUGCAGUGUUCUGCCAGCCGCCAGCAAAACUACUAGCCACCAUUCCUUCGUGCGUGUGCCUGUGGCGGUGUGUGAAAGCGCACCGAGUUAAGGAUUGAGCCGUUUAUCAUUCUCUAGUGCGAGUGGAGUUGUGGUUGUUUUCCAUUGCUUUGGAGCUCGAGACUAGAUCCCAGCGGGUUGAUCGAAGAUUCCCAGGUAGACAGUAGAACGAGUGUGUGUGUGCGAGAGAGAGAGAGAUAGUGUGUGUAUGUGAAGAAGAGUGUACCUUACUGUUGCUCGUUCCGGUCCGUCGGUGUGCUAUGCACGUAGUCGGCUGCUAGUGUGCGACGUGCGUGAGCGUGCAAGUGUGCUCCAUUAACCCCAGUGCGCCCCUGUCAGACAUCCGACUUAUCGUCUCGUUCGAUUUCGGGACUUUCGUGGUGCGGCAUCCCACGGGAAUGGUUGCCGUGCGAAGGUAAAACCCUGCCCCGAGCGAGUGGUAGCGAGUUCCUAUUCUGCUAGAUCCGCAUCGCAGCAACUCCGGACGUUACGGACCCGGUACGGUACGGAAGAGGGAGAGCAAGCGGACGUUGUCUUCGACCUUUUUGAAUUUCUUGCGAAGCGUUUCGUGACUGGGACUUUCAAACGGCCCCCGUUGACCUAUACGCACAUAUACACAUACAGGCGCGCGCGCGCGGUGUUACACGCACGCGGCAGCACACGCGCCCGGCAGAACCUGCUAAAGACCUGUUGAAUAUCGGUGGCUUGUGGCAAUAGAACCGUUGGCAGGAGGUGUUCGUGUCUGGAUCCAUCACCGACACACACAUACAUACACACAAACACACACAUACAAACGUACACACACGGGGUACACGGUGAGCCUGCACGGACAGGUCCCAAAGGUCCCGGAAGUACCAACCGGACGCGGCACAAACAGAAUCCAUCCAUCUAGCUCGGCAUCCUCGUGCAGCCUCCAGUCGUUCCCCCCCCCUCGCCCCCUCUCGCAUUACCCCAAGAACACUGCCCCCUUCCACCCUCAUCGGGUUCGUGCGUGUGUGUCCCCAUCGGCUAGUGUGUUUGCGAGUGGGCGCGUGUGGCAGCAGCAGUGGUGAAAAAUGAUCCGACCGAUACUACCGAUCCUGGCGUACAUGAGCGUGCUCUCGAGUACGUACUCGCUGCACAUGGCACGCGAUGCCUACAUCAAGCCACCGCCACCGCCCCCGCCCGCCCAGCUGCUCGACGAGCUGGACGACAUGUCGGAGCUGCUGGCCGAGAACGGGGUCGACCUGAUGCGGCCGCUCAUGGGCACGGUACACCAGAAAACACACGCCGGAACUGGUACCGGCGGCGGCGGCGGCGUUGGUGGCAGUGGAAGCAUCAUCAGCAUCGGCAGCAGUAGCAAUGGUGCGGUGGCGCUCGGCACCAUCAACCACGUGGCGAGCAAUGAGCUGCCGGAGCUGAGCCCGCCGCCCGCCCAUCUGCCGGCGGCGCUGCGCCACGGUCCGAUCGGGCCGCUGGUCGGGCAGCCGCCGCGCGGCCUGCAGGAGCUGUUCGGCGUGCAGACCAACUUCGACAUACGCGCAGCGCAGCAGCAGCUGUCCCACGGUGGGCCGAACGGGGUGGCCGCCUCCUUCGACCUCAACCAGUCCGCCUCCGCCAGCGGUAUGGACGAUCGGGAUGAUGAUAAUCGUGUCGGUGGUGGUGGUGGUGAUGACAUCCACGGAACUGGUGCUGGUGGUGGUGGUGGACAGGGAAACGGUAAUCUGCAGCGAUCGGCAGCUAGCAGCAAGCGCGCGUCACCGACCGGGAGCCGCAACAAGAUGAUGGCCGACUCCGGCCAAGAUGGCGGCGGCGGUGGCGGCAGCAGUAGUGGUCUGCCCUCGAUCCCGCACGGCAUCGCGAACCAGAUGAUGCUGCGCAGCACGCGCGGCCAACGGCAGUACGAUGUACCGCAGAUCGAAUGUCCACCCGCGAUGGAUGGUAUGGAGCGCUUUGCCUGUCCCACGCCGGAUCGGCAGGGCCGGUACCGAUGUAUAGACGAUCACGUGCUGUGCGACGGUUUCAUCGACUGUCCUGAGGGCGAAGACGAGGACAGACAGGCCUGCAUGUUCUACAAAACGACGAAAGCGCAUCUCGACGUAUUAGCGGACGCCUUAUUGAGAUGGGCUCGUGGCCGUUAAACUGUACAUUUCACAUAGCUCUUGCAAAGUCACGCUGUACUAGUGCUAGAUUGAGAAAGUGUAAAGUGAAAGAGGAAGAGAAAGCGACAAGAGAAACAAGUGUUUAUGUGAGCAAAGCAAAAAGCAAACAGACAGGACAGGAAAGGGAGAAACAUUACAGACGAAACCACAACACAGUUUCAGGCACACGUUGUAACAGAUGCUAUUUUACAUUACGAGAGCAGAAGAAGAAAUAAAACAUCCACCAACGAAAUAUUAAAAAAACUAAAAGGCACAAUGCCCCGGCAAAAAUGACAGUCCAACAGAGGGGAGGAGAAAAAAAAAUACCGUACUACGAAAAGGAUAGGACAGCAAAUGAGUACCGAGAAAUCGUUACAAAUUCUUUCACAUCCUUACCAAAACAGGCAGGCGUUGCGUUGUAAGCGUGGCAAAGAAGAGAGAAAAAAAGAUAAAGUUGUAAAAAUAGGUUUGAGGCAAAUCUGUACAUAAUUGAAAAAGAGGAAUCGAGAAAACGCAACGCAAUGUCACUGCAACAUGUUCAUAACCCUUUGCCGGGCAGCAAACAAAACACUUCUACAAGGCCAGGACGAAACAACUGCACUGCAAGAUGUGAACGGAAGUAAAGUAGGGAGGGAAAACAAAAACAAGUCAAAACUCAAAGACAGCAGAAGACAGAGAAAUCUUACUAUAUAUAUAUACAUAGAUCUAUAUACAAAACAUAUAUUUACCUGCUAAGAAAUUAGUGUGUAAAAACAAAACAUCGGCACAGAUAGACAGAAACAUUCCGUACUUCAUAUGAUGAGUGUGGAGCAGUGCAGGAAUGAAUGUGAAAUCUAAUGGCUGAGCGAAUUUAAUUCGAUGUGAAGGCUGUUGACGAACGUUGACUGUGUAUGGCCCGGCCGAUGACGAUGUAGGAGUGCGGAUGAGCGAGUGUACAUUGCAAAGGUGGAUUGUUAUACGAAGCGUUUGUGGAGGAAAAGGGUCGGCAGGUGUGCUAAAGCGGUGCGGAACGUCCAGUAGCACGAGAUACGAAAGCCAAUACAAAGAGAAGCCGUCAAAGCAAAGCAAAAACCAAAACGGAAAGUGUAGGAAAAACAAACGAAAAGGUUGAAGAAGCAAACCAAUACUAUUAAAUUGAGAAACAAAAACCCUUCAACAUACGCUACACGCGUUUUCACACAUUUUCACACACACAACCCAGAACACGUUCCAUCACUACACUCAAACAUUAAUACAGAUCAUGUAGGUAAAUAGGUGUAUGAAAUGUAUGUACAUUUUUUUCUUCUACACUGUAAAAAUAACAACAACAACAACAACAACAACAACAAUCAAAACAAACUGUAAACAGCCCCCAACCAGUAUCCAGCAAAUAGUGGAACCAGAAAGAGCCUCUUUUAGUUUAGUGCGUGAGCGCGUUUUGGGUUAAGUGUAUCCCUUGUCGUGUCUAAAUUUUCUAAGCCCAUCGUUUGGUUGCAGGAUUCAUUUCCAGUUGAUUUUUGUUUUUGUUUGCAUCCAACGUAAAUCCCAUUGUGGAACAGAGAGCGAGAGAAAAACAGACCAUUUCACGUGUAAGCCAACAGCUCAACCAAACAACCUUUUGCAAACGUUUUAUCUAAGGGAUACACAGGUCCACCUAAAACCAUCCUCGAGUUUCAACCUCAAUCACACACAGACAUACACACAAACACAUCACAAGAACAUCGUCAUCAUCACACAGACACUUGAGGAGGAAAACUAUUCUCAUGGACAAGGCAGCUAUAUUAUUGUAUAGAUAAGUCAGGAGUUUAAGAAACCAACCAAUAAGAGCAACACAAACAAGUAAACUCUUUAACUAGAUCCUUAUAAUGCUAGAUACCGAUUGCCGGUGUAAGUGAACGAUACAAGGAGGCUACAGCCCGGCCCAAACUCCCCCAGCGAGAGUAGCUGGUGGUUUGGGUCGAAACAUAAAGGCCGAGGCCGUCCGGGUUGACGAUUAAAUCGCACGAAACCAUAUACACACACACACACACACAGACGAACGCCCGGAGCGGGAGCAUGAAGUGUACCAGAGCUAACGAAAAACAAUGAAGAGCAACAAAAACACACACAAAAAAACAAACAACUAUGACUGAAUGAUAUCAAUAUUUCUAAUCGACCAUCAGUGAAAACGCACGCGCACACCCACACGUACACUGGAAAAGAAUACUGAUGUUGUUUUUUUUAACUUUUUUUGGUUUGAUUUUUUAUAUUUGUAAUGCUUUUUGAGCGUAGCGUGAGAUUCUUUUUUAUUUAUCAAAUCAAAUUCUGGAAAAAGUUACUUUGUUUAUUUCAUUUACACUGAACACUGGACCUCUUCAAUAAUGUUAUAUUCUUAUGUGCUUGUAUUUUAUUUUAUAUUUAUUUAUUUAUUUUUAAUUCCAACGCACUAAAAUGCAAACACAUGUGUACGUGCGUGUGCAAGUGUGAGCGCGUGCGUGUGUGCGUGUGUAUGUGUGCCGACGCACAUGUAAAUCAGCGAAAAGCAGCAUUCCACUAAACGUUAGGGUUAAAGAGUUCGUAUCCGAACAGUUGAACAUACCGGGCACAUCCUACCAAUACACCCCUGCCCCUCCCCUAUGGGUUGUAAACACACAUAGUGCGAACGUCAAUUCUAUGUGUUCAACGCAUACGCCGCAAUUAAAAUUGUUUGCCCAAAAGCGAGCCUACCGUAAGGCUCUCCUCUCCUAGGUUGAUUUUGGGUUAGUUACAAGCCUACUAGCCCCACCCUGAUCCCUCCCUCACUGCAUGUACAUUGAGCAAAGCAUAUAGAAUCAUGCGGAUAUGAUACAGCUUUCAUAAAGCGCCUGUAAAACGAUGCCAGCAAGCCCCGACAGCUAGCUCUCCCGGGGAGAGAAGUGAAAAGUGUUUCAAACCUUUUUUACCCGCUUGUUUGUGGCACAUUCAAACGCACACAGGACGAUAGAGAAGAAGUAACAACAAAAAAACGAAACUAAAAACAUAUAUUUCUUAAAACCCAUCAACCACUGUGUACACAUGUCAUCCACUCCUAGGUUACGAGAGCAACAAAAAAAAAAGAAAGAGAGCGAACAAGUGGUGGAGAGAAAAACGAAGAAAUUAAGUAAAACAGAAAACCAAACGAACUUUACAAAAAUCACGCUCACCAAAGCAUUACUUAUAAAUGUCUAUUUGCACAAUAUUAUCUAGACACACAUACACCAAAAAACACACACACACAUUCAAACCAAACAAGAACAAAUUAUUAAACAGUAAAUAUUGACGAUAGAGAACCAUGGCACACUGUGGCUUCACAGACACAGUUGCGGUGCGAAGGACAAAAGCAGGCAAAAGCGAAACAGAUGCCCUUGAGAAAAAAACGAUGCAGCAAACCAGAGGGACAAUGCACCCGCCACUGUCCAGUAUCAUCUGUUCUCUCUGUCUCUCCCCCCCCCCCUACACUAAUACUGCAGAAGUUACAAAGUCACACUACAAAGGGCUAGACCGAUAGGAUGCAUAGGGCGUUUGUAUAACGGUGACAGGAGCGCGAGCCCAUCGGCACUGCAGAAGCAAACAGGCACAACGAGCACGAGCCAGUGGCAGUGGUCGCAGAACGCAGAACAAGCGGCUCAAGUAUUGAACGGCAGCACAUCAACGCGUCGCAUCCAGGUGUGCCGUGCCCGCCCGUACAGUGUGAACAAGUGAACAAGUGGCUGCGUCCGGAGGGAGUGCAUCAGCCGCGCGCAGCCAAAGUGUCAGUGAAUGCGACGGGAAGGAGCAAUUGAGCGACAAAAAGCAGCAACAACUCAACCCAUCACCACCACCACCACCAGCGCCUGGUAGCGCCCGUGGUGAUCAUACGUUAAACGUUUCCAAGUGUAGCGCUACACACGGGUGUGUUGUGAUGAAACGUUGCGCAGCGCGGCAACAGUAGCGACAAAACAAGAGUUUGCUAGCUUAAGAGAGUAUUUGGGUUAACUACUUUAAUCUACCUAUGAAUUAAGUUUUUCAUUUUUUAGUCGUUAAACCUCGUUAAAACAUGCAAACGCACGAGCAAAUGUUUUCGAACGCUGGCGAAUUCAUUCCACUAAUGUGUCUUAAGUCAAUGCCUGAACAAAACCAAAACACAUACGCCUACGGUCCCAUUCGCCAUUCACUCACUCACACCGCAUUCGCUGUCCCAUUUCAUCUUCUUUUAUGUGCAUUUACGGCAUUGCAUCUGCUUGCAAGCAGCAGCAGCAUCAGCAAGAGAAGGGGGAGCAAAAUAUUACAACAAAUCACAUUCCAGUCACUCUCAUUCCACCUGCACCUGAAUGUUCUCUUGUUUUACUGUUACUGUCUUUGGUUUUGCCUUCUCGUUUCACUCUGUAUCUUAUGUCUGUCUGUCUCUUUCUCGUUGCAAAACAAAAAAACACACACUGUAUGUUGCUGUUAUCGAUGUUGUUACUGUUGGUUGCAUGAGGCAUAGAAGGAGUUACUGCGAAAGUUGGAGAAACUGCGUCCUUUUUCUUCAAUGUGGCUCACUAAAUUGUUCCCCAGUUUUUUGUUUCGUUUUGUUUCAUUGCAUUAUUGUUUUUUUUUUCAAUUCUUCUAAAGAACCGUAGCAAUUGAUAAAACUGCUCUAGCAACCGUGGCCUGCCUUGAUUGUUGCGUUAGCCCUUUUGGACGCCAUUGGAGCAACAACCACCAAAAACAAAACAAAACAAAAACUCCGGCAGCAUGAUGAAACAUCAUUCUCGAGUGUCUCUAUCAGUCACACGUCUCGCCGGCUUUUGGAAAACACUAGCGCAUCUAGCUGGUGCGUUGGGGAGACAGAAGCAAACAAACAACGUGUUUUCAUUGCUUGGGAGCCCAUACUGACCCGUGUGGAUUGUUUUUGUGUUCGGUGUUUUAGUUUGGUUCGAUGAUCUGAGUGUGCUUCUGUGGAAGGAGAUGCAAACGGAACCAGCUUCUGCGCAAACGCAUUAGCCAUUGUACUGUGGAUUACUGCUGUACAAAACAAAAGAAUAUUCUUUUUUUGUUUGUUUGUCUAGCUGGUUCCUCUGGUCUCCCUCGAAGUGAAGAAUCAUGGAACAAUGAUUAUGCAAAUAAAACAAAUAAAAAUUAUAAUGAAAAGACUGACUUAGUAGACCCGCAGUUGAACGCGCAACACACCUACCCCGCUAAUUCGCGAACACACAACACUCACGUGGGGAAGGGAAAAAGGAAAAAGAAAGAAAGAGAUAGAGAGAGAGAGAGAGAGCAACCGAAAGCGAUGAAAAAACAAUGUAGCUAGCAAGAGUAUAAACAAUAACCCAUUAUCUACCGUGGGUGUUUUUUAAAGCCCAUCACUAUUGAGUAUUUAGCAAAAACAGGAGAGGGCCGAGAUUUCGAGUGCGUGCUGGCAACACGACGGGCAAGUUCGUCGUCUACGCUGCGCACAUGCAAUCACGCUGCCCCAGGCCUGAUGCACGCUUCAACCUUGAAAGCAUCGGAGAGUAUUAGAUGGGGAGGGUUUAAAAAUGCAACCCCCAUCAAUUCAUGCAUCGCGCCUGCACCCUCAGCACUUAGCAAUCAUAGCAAUAACGUUUGAUCUCGUUGCGUGCGCGUUAUGAAGCGCGUUUGUGCAUUUUUGUUUUGUUUUUUUUUUUUUGGACUGCGUUCCCUGAGACACAGCUUAACAGGUGACCUUCAACUCGAACGACGAUGGGACGUUAGAGUUCUUUAUUGAUGGGCCGCCUUUGCAGCAACGGUGGUCGCAAAGUAACGGCAUGAGAGAUGGAAAACCUCCAAACACAUUUCUCAUUUUGUCGCUUUGCACGAUGGGCUCCCAAACAAUGAACACAUACUGGAGGGGGGGGGGAGAGAGAAGAGAAAACGAAUCACCAGAAGACUGGGUAAACAUUAAAAGUAAAUGAUUAACGUUUAAAAACAAAACACGGGAAAAUAGCAUGCAUUGAAACACAAACAAACAAAAGCAUAUUCGACCCUCAAAAAAACGACGACGAGCUACGUACGUUUAACUGUGUCUAAUAAGGAGUAAAAAAACACUGCAGGAGAAGGUUGGGAAACACUCUCUCCUGUUUCGUUUUUGAAUGGAAAUAUUUGUUAUAUAUUGACAGUACGGCAAUGCUACUGAUAUCAGCGCAAAAGUGAUUAAAACGGUGUAGAGGGAAAAACUAAACCAACCAAAUCUAUGCGGACACAGAGAAAACACACACACACACAAACACACAAGUUAAAAGCAUAAAAAGGAGAAAGCAAACUGCAACAAAAAACAAAACAGAGAUAAAAAAACACACAAGCCAAAGGCAACCUACAAUCAUCGAUACUUAAGUAGCCCUUUUAAGUGUCAAACAAGCGCAAAACAAGACGAACAAAAACUGAUGCAACAAUGUGAAUGCCGUGACAGUAGGGGAAAACAAAACGCGAACGUUACUAAAACACCUAAAAAUCAGAUGUAAAAACUGGAUGUGUUUGUGUGCAACGGUCGCGAACAAAAAGGUGAAGCAACUAAAAAAAAAAACAAAAAAACAAACAAACCCAAGGCCUAAGCUAACAAGAACAAAACACACAAUUGCAUACACAUUGGAGGCUUGUCAACAAAGUGAAGCACACAAACACACCCCUAAAACGGUUCGCAAACAAGCAGCAGCAGCAAAAAAAAAACAAUGUAAAUGCGAGAUACGAGAUAACAAGAGGAUAGCAAAAGAUGAGAGGACAAUUGUUGCAAUGGUGUGAAAAGGGCAACCCAGGCAGUCGGGUAGAAAAACAGAAAAAAGAGAGGGAGCGAGAAAAAGAGAGCAAAGCAAAAAGGGAAAGAGAGUACGAGUAACAAGGCAAUGGCAACUGGAAAAGAAAACAUAUAAACUAAUUUAGAUAUAAUAAAUAUAUUAAAAUAAAAAUACGAAGAAAAAAAAA